AUGGCUGGGCUUGGUAAAACAACUUUAGCCGAAAAAGUUUACAAUGAUAGUUCAAUUAUAUUUAACUUCCAGAUUCGUCUUUGGUGCACUGUUUCUCAAGAAUUUGACAUGAAAAGCUUGUUAAUACAAAUUUUGUGCUCUAAUGGAAAACAAUCUAGCAUGGAUGAAGAGCUUAAAAAGUUGAAUGAACAUGAAUUGCUUCAAAAGCUCUAUCAAAGGCUGAAGAUGAAGAGGUAUCUAGUUGUUUUUGAUGAUGUCUGGGACAUUAAGGUAUGGAAUGAGCUGAGAAUUUCAUUACCUGAUGAUAAGAAGAGAAGUAGGAUCCUUUUUACGAGUCGAUUUUCUAAUGUGGCUUCACAGGUUCAAUAUGGUGGGGAACCUCACAAUCUUCGCCCACUCAGUGAGAAAGAAAGUUUUGAAUUACUGCAUAAGAAGGUUUUUGGAAAAGAAGAUUGUCCUCAAGCAUUGCAUGGAUUGGGAAUGGAGAUUGCCAAAAAAUGCAUGGGAUUGCCACUUGCACUAAUUGUUGUAGCUGGAGCCCUAGCAACUACAGAGCAUGAUAUUUUGGUUUGGGAAGAAUUUGCUGAGAGUUUAACUUCGACCAUGGUGUCUGGUGCAGGCCAGUGCAAGAAGUCGUUGGAGCUCAGUUAUGAGCAUUUACCAUAUCACUUGAAGGAAUGCUUGCUGUAUUUUGCUGCAUUUCGAGAAGAUGAAAAAAUUGGUGCCAAGAAUUUGAUGCGUCUAUGGAUUGCAGAAGGGUUUGUGGAAAAAAUUGAAGGAGAGAGAUCAGAGGACAUUGCAGAAGAAUAUCUGAUGGACCUAAUUGGCCGAAACUUAGUUAUGGUAAGUGAAAACAGAUCCAUUGGUGGAGUCAAAACUUGUUACAUUCACGAUUUGAUAUUUGAGUUCUGUAAGGGCGAGGCGAAAGAAAAGAAAUUUCUUCAGGUCCUGCAAGGAUAUGAUGAGCUUUCUAAUUUUAAUGAGCCUCCCAACCUACCACGAUUGUCCAUUUGCUCCAGUGGAGAAGAUUUUAUAAAGUCAAAGCUAUUUUGUCCACAUUUAGAUACUCUGCUGCUCUGCAAUGCUACUCCAGGAUAUGAGUUUGACUUGCUUAAUAUCUCCUUCCUUUUUGGCAUCUACAAACAUCUUAAAGUUUUGAAUUUAGACAUCAACCUAAGACUGGAGGAGCUUCCAACUGAAGUCGAAUCACUUCUUUGUUUGAGGUACUUAGCCCUUACAGGUCGGACCAUGAAAUUCAUUCCACCAUCUAUAGCCAAGCUCUCACAUUUGGAAACCUUUUGUGUAUAUUCUGGUGGGCUGGUUUCAUUGCCAGAUAGCAUCUGGAACAUGAAGAAGUUGAGGCAAAAGAUGGAGGUAAAAGUUGGAAAGGAUCGAUGA